GGAGCAGCCAGCCCCAGAAGUACAAGAGGGGCAUCUCUGGCACUUGAUCUGAGUUCCCGUCCACACUCCAGUACUGUUGACAUACUAGCAAGAGUACUACUGAGGCCAGGGGUUGUGUUGUUUUCCUAUACCUAGGAGAGUUGAUUGUGCCGGGGCUUCUCUUCUGCCCCCCGCUCGAUACAGGUGCCAGUGUUGCAGUGAGUCUAAAAGGCAAGGGGCACACAGCGGCAACCGAACAGCGAGUGUGUGCCACAAAGGAGCAACUCCUGGCAGAGGCGGUGAUGCUGGGGUGCUCUUUUUGGGGCUCUGCACCCCCCACGCCUGUUGGGGAGAGGAAGAGAGCUGUGUGGCUAGAAGUGCUGCUGCUGGUGGGAGUCUUUCCCAGCUGGGUCUCGGCUCAGCUGCUUGCCCAUUGUCCUGAAGCCUGUAAUUGUUCCGAGACAGCCAGAACAGUGACAUGCAUCAACCAGAACCUGACUGAAGUGCCGCGGGACUUGCCCCGUUAUGUGCGGGAUCUCCUCCUCACAGGCAACCGCAUCAGCGGCCUCCAGCCGGACACGUUCUUCUCCCAGCCCCCUCUGGAGCUCAGUCAUCUCAGCCUGAGUGGCAAUGGCCUGGAGUGGGUGGGAGAGGACGCUUUAGCUGGCUUGCCCAGCUUGAAGCAGGUGGACCUCAGCCACAAUCUUCUUUCAUCGUUCAGCAGUGUGGCCUUUGGCAAUGCCAGCAGCCCCUUAGAGGAGCUAAACUUGAGCGACUCCCUCUAUAACUCAAGCAAUGUGACCCUCAUUGCCGAGCUGCUCCAGCAGGGGACGUUUCCCAACUUGAAGCGCCUGGAUCUGUCCGACAAUCACCUGCAUUUCCUGCCUGCAGAGAUGUUCUCCUCUCUGCCCAACCUGCAGCACCUGAACCUGCACAACUCCUCCCUAGUAGGUUUGUAUAAUGUGGACUUCUCGAACCUCCGCCAGCUGCAGAGCCUCAACCUCAGUGACAACUCCCUCAAGUGCCUGAGGAAUAGCACCAUCUUCCAGCUCCGUAGGCUUCCCCAACUCAGUAGUCUCGACCUCAGCCGCAACACUUGGGUCUGUGACUGCCAGAUUGAGGACUUGGUGAACUGGCUUAAGGAAAGCAACCUAGUGGUGGCCAAAGGAACGCUCAAGUGCUCUUAUCCAAAUGAGAUGUGGGGCAGGCCCUUAGUGACUCUCAGCUUCUCAGACCUGGACUGUCCUGUGUCAGCAGGUGACCAAACUCAGCUACAGACUUCUUACGUCUUCCUUGGGAUAGUGUUGGCUCUCAUUGGAGCUAUUUUCCUGCUUGUUUUGUACUUGAACCGAAAAGGGAUUAAAAAGUGGAUGUACAAUAUCAGGGAUGCCUGUAGAGACCACAUGGAAGGAUAUCACUACAGGUAUGAGAUCAACGCCGAUCCCAGGCUAACAAACCUCAGCUCCAAUUCCGAUGUCUGAAGAAGCCCUGUGGGGGAAGCAGGCCAAGCGCACAAAUAGCUAUGCAUGAAGUGUAGACUUUAGCUAUAUUUUCCCCUCCCUAUGCUUGCUGCCCUUUUGCACACACCCAUAGAGACUUCACAGACUCAUUUGUGCCCAGCAGAGAAUGAUGCCAUAUAUCCAGAGUUCACAGCUUUUUGUUUUUCUUGCCCCAGUCAAUUGUGCAUGGUACUGGGCUGAAUGUAGGAAACCUGCUGCUAUCUGCUGCUUGUUUUGCUUUUCAGUUCACUAUGAGCCCUUGCUUGCCAAGAUCUCUCAGCAUCUAAACAGAAAAGGAACGUUGUGGUUUGUUUGUUUGCUUUCCUUGUGAGAGUAUAUUUUUUAACAAGCACCAUUCAACAAAGGCUGCCUCAGCUUUUUGGGGGAGAAAUGUUUUGUCCACUGGUACUUUUUUAAAUGCAUCUGAAUUGUAAAGAAUUCCAUAGACUAUAUGCAUACUUAGAACACUCAAUUUAAAACAUUCUCUGUACAUAUAAGCAAAUAAAAGAAUGAGCAUGCAUAAAUUUGAUUAUGUCACAUAGUUUGGGAAAAAUUGAAAACCUCAGUAGGGCUGUUGUUGUUUGUAAAGGGUACAGGAUUUUUUAAAGGAAAAAUCCAACAUAAACUGCACAUGGAGCUGAGUUUGAAAUGUUAAAUCAUUCAAUAAA